UGUGAUGUGUGUUCACUUUUAUUCUGCCCGACCUGGAACGAACUAAAAAACAGAACAUUUCACAGAAAUAUAUAUAUAUUUUACAUUCGUUUUAUGUUGUAUGGUUAUUACGAGGUCAACGUUAUAGUAUAUUAGAGUUUAACUAAUCUGGAAUGCAAAUAUAGAAUUAAAUUAUUAUUUUUUAAUCAGCGGUGAUGGAUUUCAACAUGUCUGCGCCCUUACAGUAACCAUUUAGCUUCUAAAGGUCAUGUGGCGACCCAUUUGGGGAAGAUGUUUCAGACCAGGUUCUGGAAUGUGGUGUGCAUUGAGAUACAGGAUUUGCUCACCACCAUCUUCCUCCUUCUCUUCAUCGUCUCCAUCGCAGCCCAUACAGUCUCUUAGGUCACAGUCGGAAAAGGCCAAGCGGAAAAGAAAGAGAGAGACGGCCAUUCUCAGCGGGGAUGUUGAGCAUGCUGGGAUAAAAUGGUCAGAAAAAGAAAAGAUAAUAUACACCGCGCCGUUCUUACCUGGAGAGAAGAAAGAUACCAGUCUUCCUCUCCCACAGUCCUACAGCCCAGAAUAUGUGGAGUCAUGCUGGUAUGAAUGGUGGGAGCAGCAAGGAUUCUUCAGCCCUGAGAAACAUGCUGAGAUGCCACAAGCUGUGAAUAAAUAUUUCUCUCUCUGUAUACCUCCACCGAACGUCACUGGAACGCUGCACCUCGGCCACGCUCUGACCGUAGCGAUCGAAGACACUCUAGCUCGCUGGCGGCGCAUGCAGGGCUACAGAGUGCUGUGGGUGCCGGGCUGUGACCACGCUGGGAUCGCAACACAGUCUGUAGUCGAGAGGAGACUGUUCCAGCAGUACGGAAAGUGCAGACAGGACUACAGAAGAGAGGAAUUCCUGCAGGAAGUGUGGAAUUGGAAAACCCAGAAAGGAGAUGAGAUUUAUCAUCAGUUAAAGAAGCUUGGAGCUUCGCUGGACUGGAGCAGGGCCUGUUUCACCAUGGAUACGGGUUUCAGUAAUGCCGUGACAGAGGCUUUCGUAAGGAUGUGCGAUUCAGGGCUGAUCUAUCGCUCGGAAAGCCUGGUCAACUGGAGCUGUGCAUUGGAGUCGGCCAUCUCUGAUAUCGAGGUCGACUCGAAGCAGUUAUCAGGACGGACUCUUCUCUCUGUUCCUGGCUACCAGCGAAAAGUGGAAUUCGGGACCAUGGUGACAUUCGCGUACCCCAUAGAGGGACAGCAAGGUGAGGUUGCUGUAUCGACCACUCGUCCUGAGACCAUGCUGGGGGACGUGGCUAUUGCUGUGCACCCUGAUGACCCUCGAUAUCAGGCUCUUCAUGGAAAACAGUGCAGACACCCGUUUACCGACAGGCUGUUACCCAUAAUCACAGACACAAUGGUGGACAUGGACUUAGGGACAGGAGCUGUGAAGUUGACCCCUGCUCACGAUCACAAUGAUUUCCGGCUCUCUCAGAGACACUCUCUGCCUCGUCUCAGCGUGAUUGCGGGGGACGGAACCAUGACGUCCGUUUGCGGCCAGUGGCUCGAGGGCGUGAAACGAUUCGAAGCCAGGGAGCGUGUGAUUAGUGCGCUGAUGGAGAGAAAGUUGUUCAGAGAAAAGAGGGAUCACCCCAUGUCUUUACCGAUUUGCAGCCGAUCUGGAGACGUGAUCGAGCCUCUGCUAAAGAAACAAUGGUUUGUUCGAUGUGAGGAAAUGGCACAGAAGGCGAUUCAAGUCGUGGAUGAUGGCAAGCUGAAAAUAUUUCCUCACUUCUACACUAAAACAUGGAAGAAUUGGCUCGCGAAUAUAAGUGAUUGGUGCAUUUCCAGACAACUUUGGUGGGGACAUCAAAUUCCAGCUUACAGAGUUACAUCACCACAGUCUCUCACACAGGAGGAGCAGUGGGUUUGGGGCCGGAGUGAAUCGGAGGCCAGGUUACGUGCAGCUGCCAAAUUUGGAAUGGACCCGAAUGCUGUUUCUUUAACUCGAGAUCCAGAUGUGUUGGACACCUGGUUCUCUUCAGCUCUUUUCCCUUUCGCAAUGUUGGGGUGGCCUGAGCAGACUGAGGACCUAAAGCAGUUUUAUCCCAGCACCAUUCUGGAGACAGGAAGUGACCUCAUCUUUUUCUGGGUGGCCAGGAUGGUAAUGAUGGGCACUGAGCUGACUGGACAGCUGCCCUUCAAACAGGUGCUUUUCCACUCCCUGGUGAGAGACAAGCACGGUCGCAAGAUGAGCAAAUCUUUGGGAAAUGUCAUUGACCCUUUGGAUGUAAUCUCAGGUGUCUCUCUGGAGAGACUUCAGGCAAAAGUAAUGGAUGGAAACUUGGAUGCACGAGAGAGAGAAGUUGCUUUGGAAGCACAGAGGAAAGAUUUCCCAAAGGGAAUCCCAGAAUGUGGAACAGAUGCUUUACGGUUUGCUCUCUGCUCCUACAAAGUCCAGGGAGAGGACAUCAGCAUGUCCGUGUCUCAGGUCCUCAGCUGCAGACACUUCUGUAAUAAGAUGUGGCAGACGGUGCGCUUUACUCUGGGAGCUCUGCUGGACACAGGAGGUCCUCUGAUGCCACUUGCGGAGACCUUUCCUGUGUCAAGUAUAGACAGAUGGAUUUGUUCACGACUUUACAGUACAGUAGUGCAGUGUGAUAAAGGCUUUGAGAGCUUCGAGCUCCACGCAGUCACUUCCGCUCUGCAUUCUUUCUGGCUUCACAGCCUUUGUGAUGUUUAUCUGGAGUGCAUUAAACCGGUUUUGAAACAGGACGUGAAAGAAAAUGAAGCUUGGACUGAAGAGAAGCAGAUUGCCACUGCUGUUCUUUAUCACUGCGUGUCCAUUUCUCUCCGGCUCCUUUCCCCUUUUAUGCCUUUUCUCACGGAGGAACUCUGGCAAAGAUUAGAGCCCUAUAAUCCAACCCCUACCACAGCUCCAAGCAGUGUGUGUGUUCAGCCAUAUCCAACAGACUCUCUUCUGGCGCACUGGCACUUUCCUGAAGAGGAAACAGAUUUUCCGUUGGUCCAGGAUGUAGUCAGGGUGGCCAGGUCACUUAGAGCUCAGUGUCGCAUGACAAAGGAAAGACCUGACAUGUGGGCAAUGUGCACAGCAGACCAGGCACAAACUCUUCACAGCUUCAGGGAUUCAAUUUGCAUUCUUGGUCGGAUCUCUAACCUUUAUCUGCAAUGUCCUCAGGAGGGCAUGAGCUUCCUCCCUUUUGCCCCUGCACCACCUCCACCUGAUGGAAGUGCCAUUGGGGUGACUGACCAUUCAGUUCAGUUACAACUUGAUGUAAAGAGUUGCCAUAAUGAUAACAGUCAGGUGAUCCUACUCUCUCAGCGAAAAGAAAAGCUUCACUUUAAACUUGAUCAGUUUCUGUCUCGGACAAAAGUACCAAACUACACAGAGAAGGUUCCUGACCACAUUCGGCAGGAGACAGGGAAAAAGAUUGCAGCAUUGGAGCAGGAACUAAAGAGCAUCGAGAUACAACUUUCAGCUUUGGAGACGGAAAGUUAAAUCAAAGUACAGUUUGGUAACAAAGCCAAAUAAUGUUGAAUCAACCGAAUUAUACAAUACAGUAAAAAGAAACAUUGUACAAAGUAUUUGUAUACGUUAUAAAAUGGUAAAAUAAAUUAUUAAUGUGCACAACA